GAUUGGCCAAGGUGACGCUGCGGGACGAGGGAGGGGCUUAGGCGGGGCCGCCGCCAAGAUGGCGUACCAGACCUUCCGCCAGGAAUACCUGCAGGUGCCUCCCGUUACCCGGGCCUACACCACCGCCUGCGUCCUCACCACCGCGGCUGUGCAAUUAGAAUUAAUCACACCAUUUCAGCUGUACUUCAACCCUGAACUAAUAUUUAAACAGUUUCAAGUAUGGAGGCUAAUUACAAACUACCUUUUCUUUGGACCAGUUGGAUUUAAUUUUUUAUUUAAUAUGAUCUUUUUAUAUCGCUACUGCCGAAUGCUUGAGGAAGGAUCGUUCCGGGGCCGGACAGCAGACUUUGUAUUCAUGUUCCUUUUUGGUGGACUGCUAAUGACUCUUUUUGGCUUGUUUGUCAACUUGGUUUUCUUGGGGCAGGCGUUUACCAUCAUGCUGGUCUACAUCUGGAGCCGCAGGAACCCUUUUGUCCGCAUGAACUUCUUUGGGCUCCUUGUCUUCCAGGCCCCGUUUCUCCCGUGGGUCCUCAUGGGAUUUUCACUCUUGCUGGGAAACUCCAUCAUUGUUGACCUCCUCGGUAUUGCUGUUGGUCACAUAUAUUUUUUCUUAGAAGAUGUCUUUCCAAAUCAGCCUGGGGGAGGAAGGCUUCUGAAAACCCCGUUGAUUCUGAAAGCAAUAUUUGACACACCGGAAGAGGAUCCCAAUUACAACCCACUGCCUGAAGAACGUCCUGGAGGUUUUGCCUGGGGUGAAGGCCAGCGCCUGGGAGGCUGAACAGAAGACUGCGUGGCAGAUGCCCUGCAAGUCAAUAGAGACUGGCCGAGAGAAUCAUCCUGGAGAUUAUUUGCUCUCUUGGGGAUAAAAGGAAGUUUUAUAGCUUUACUCGUCUGAACGUAUGUUGCACUUUUUUUAAGAAAAAAAGGAGGGGGGAGGUGUUCUAAGUAAAAGACCUUUUCCAGAAAAUUGAGGGUAACUUCAGACACUCAUUGGGGCUUUAAUUGCAUUGAUGGGUUCAGGAAUGAAUUACCUUAUCCUAACCAAGAAAAACUGGAAGUGAACUUUCUCAACUUCUUUAACGAGAUCAAUGGUUACUGUGUAAAAAAAAGAUAUUUCUAAGGCAUCCCCCCAUUUUUUUAUUUGAUACAGACACUGGAGAAAUUCUAAAGAUGAAUAAAACCUUUUGAUUUUA